AUGUUGUUGAGUGUUGCGCUAGCAGCAAGUUUUGUAUUUCAUGUUCACGCUAAUUUACUUCAAAUCUCGGUUGAUCCAGAAACUCAACGUCUUGUGGACUCAGUAGGUCGUGAAGUCCUCAUCCAUGGUACGAAUAUCGUCAUCAAGGAAUUUCCAUGGCAUCCUAAAACUAAGGGAUUUGCACAAGAUACAUUUUCCGAAGAAGACAUGAAAUUUAUGAAAUCCCUAGGCUUGAAUGGCGUUCGUCUUGGCAUGAUGUGGCCUGGAUUGGUUCCCAAGAAAGGCGAAUUUAAUGAAACAUAUUUGAAGAUAAUGGUUGAUUUGGUAACAAAAGCGGAAGAAUAUGGUAUUUAUAUUUUGCUCGACAUGCAUCAAGAUGUGAUGUCUCAUCGUUUUUGCGUUGAAGGUUUCCCUGACUGGACCAUUGAUCCAGAGAUUGCUAAGAGCUUUCCAUUUCCUUUGCACGAGCCUUAUAAACUAGACCCCACGACUAAUUUACCGAGUUCUGCUGACUGCAGUCGUUUUUCGUGGGCGACGUACUACCUAACUGAGGCAGUAGGACAGUCGUUUGAAAAUCUCUAUACGAACGUCAAUGGUUUACGAGAUGAAUGGGCAAAGUUUUGGGUUAAAACUGCGCAAACAUUUAAAAGUCAUACCAAUGUAAUGGGCUAUGAGUUGCUCAAUGAACCUUGGGCAGGAAAUGUUUAUAGAAAUCCUGCAUUAUUGUUACCAACUGUUGCCGAUAAGCGGAACUUAGCGCCAGCUUACGAUGCGUUGGCGAAGGCAAUCCGAGCAGUGGACGAUAAACAUUGUAUAUUCUUUGAACCAGUAACAUGGGAUGAUUUCGGUGUGGGCUUCAAGAAAGUUCCAGGGGGUGAUGCUUACCAGAACAGAAGUGUAUUAAGCUAUCAUUAUUACAUUCCGCCUGAUUUUAAUGCAAAUCUCAACUUUGAUGUCCGUAUACAUGAUCUAGAGAAACUCAAAUGCGGAGGAAUGUUGACAGAAUUCGCGACGCAUACAGAAUCGUCAGCUGAAGAAAUGUUUAAAGUGAUGAGAGAUGCUGAUUUGACAUUUCAGUCUUGGCUUGGCUGGGAGUAUUAUGGCUCCAAAAGAACCACUUCACAAAGCCCUAUCGCCCGAAUAUACAACACAAGCCGUACAUAUCCGCAAGCAGUUGCUGGCCAUGUCCUAGAUCUCAAUUUUGACCACAAUACUAAUCAUUUCCGUGUAAUGUAUCAGAUUUCUGAGAAAUGUCGUAGUGACACAACCGUGAUUUACCUCAAUGAAAAACGUCAUUAUCCUAACGGUUAUGACGUCAUCGUCAAAUCUACAGGGCAUGUCACGUGGUCUUCCAAAGUUCCUAACUAUGUUGUUGUACAACACAGCGCUACCUUGAAGCCUGGGGAUAACGUACUGGUACACAUCAUACCAAAACCGUCAGAAAGUAAUAAAUGGCGAGCAAGGGUCUAA